UCUCUCUUUCUAUAAUUCUACUCGCGAUAUCUCUACACAGUUUCCCCCAAAUCAUAAAAGGGGAGAAUCAAAACCUAAUCUUUUCUCCCGACGAAGCACUAGAAUGGAGGGAAAUAAAGACGACGCUCUGAAGUGCUUGAAGAUCGGUAAGGACGCCAUCGAUUCCGGCGAUCGAGGUCGAGCGGCGAAGUUUCUCAACAAAGCUCGCCGGCUGGAUCCCAGUCUCCCCAUCGACGAUCUUCUGUCAAAGGUCGAGAACCAGUCGUCUGAUGGCGAAUCCGCAAGUUCUGCUGGACCGAAAGCUGAUACUUCAACCAAACCUUCCGAUCAGCCAUCUGUUCGAUAUCGUGGAACUCCGAAUGGCGCAUCAGCUUCAUCAGCAUCUUCUUCUUCAUCCUCGGCAGUGUAUACUGAGGAGCAGGUAACUAUUGUGAGGCAGAUUAAGAAGAAGAAGGAUUACUACGAGAUCUUAGGGCUGGAGAGGAAUUGCUCUGUUGAGGAUGUACGGAAAGCCUACAGGAAACUGUCCCUGAAGGUUCAUCCCGAUAAAAAUAAAGCUCCAGGAGCCGAAGAGGCAUUUAAGUUGGUGUCAAAGUCGUUUCAGUGCCUCAGCAAUGAAGAGAACAGGAGGAAAUAUGAUGUAACUGGAUCUGAAGAGCCUGUUUUUGAGAGACGCACAACUAGGCAUGCCGGACAGGGUUACAACGGAUUUUAUGACACCGAUUUUGAUGCUGAUGAAAUAUUUAGGAACUUCUUCUUCGGUGGUGGAAUGCCUCCUGCAACAGCUCAGUUCAGGACUUUCAACUUCGGGGGAGGAAUGGGCCACAGGACGGGUGAUCAGGGGUCUGGUGGUUUCAAUAUGCGCACCCUUAUUCAGUUGCUGCCUGUGAUACUGUUUUUGUUGCUGAACUUUUUGCCAUCUUCGGAACCCAUCUACUCACUCUCAAGGGUGUAUCCAUAUGAAUACAAGUUCACCACGCAGGGGGAAGUGAAUUUCUAUGUUAAGUCGACCAAGUUCGAGCAGGAUUACCCUCGUGGGACUGCAGAACGUUUGAAUCUUGAGAGACAAGUGGAGAGGGAUUAUGUUUCUGUUUUGGCACAGAACUGUCGGUCUGAGUUGCAGAGGCAGCAGUGGGGAUUCAUAAAGGAGACGCCUCACUGUAACAUGUUGCAGCAAUAUCAGUCAGCUACUGCUGCUUGAUGACUUCGGUUGAGAGUGCAUGUUCAACACAUGAUCUUCUUGCAAAGCACAUGAAGGGUAUGUACUUGCAACAAGAAAUGAAGGAUGAUAGUUAAUGGUUCCUGGAUGUAUCAAAGAUGGAUUUUCUUCUUACUUUCAUCCACUUGGCAUUUAUAUUUUUUCUCGAGAAACUUGGGUGUGUUAUAGAUGCACCUUGAAUUUUCGUGCAGAAUUAUUUAUAUAAUAUCUGCUAUCAUAUGCAAUAAUGGGAAUGCUUUUAGUGGUAAUUAGAGAAUUUAUACAUGUCAAUUGUUGUUCAUAGUAGUAUGGCCAUGAUGUCCUCUACUAUUAUGUAUAAACUGAUUUCAUUUUCAGAUUCAGUAGUGCCUAUAUUGAAGUAUUUGCAUUUAUGUGUC